CGAUCAUAAAACAGCGCGGAAAGUUUUUAAGUGAGUAGCGUGCUAUGUUCAAUAGGCGGUUUUGUCGACUGUGUUUGUGGAAUGAUCCGAAACUGGUACAGUUAAAUCAAGAAGACGAACGAAACCAUGACAACCUGAUACACAAAAUCGAAUUCUGCUUGGAAACCAAAGUUUCAAAAGAUGAUAAGCAUUCAAGAUAUGUCUGUCCUAAAUGCGUGCACAAGAUCGACUUGUUUUAUGUGUUCAAGACCAAUUGUAAAAGAGCUGAUAAACUUCAGAAAUUGUCAAAAGACAGAGUGCCACAAAGGGGAAAGAUAGGCAUUUGUGCCAGUAAUGAGAACAUCCAGCUGGUAGGCAGCAGUGAAAGGACGCUGUAUGGAGUCCUUGAUGAGCAGGUCAAUGAAGAAUACCAAGGCCCAAAUCAGACACAGUUAUCAAAUAGUCCCACUGUUUUGAAAAACUCAUCUCAUGAUAUAAUUAACACAGAACAGAGUAAAAAUCCUAGUAAUAACUGCUGCUACUUAACAGGAGUUGAUCAUUACCAUGAUAAUAACGAAGAAUGUAUGUUAGAAGAAGAAGUUUUCCCACCAGAAGAUCUGAGACAUCCUGAUGAAUCAGUUACCCCAUUACUGAACAACACGUGUCCCUCAGAUAAUGGUACAUCUGGAACUGAAACACCAACAUCAAUGUAUGCUGAUUCCUCUGGGGCCCUUGUUGCAGAAAAUGAUGAAAAUCAGAGAAAUACCAAUAAUAUCCUAUCUAAUUCUUCCUGUGUUACAAGUACGUGUGCAUCAAGUGUGUGUUCGGACGAGGUUAUGUGGACAUCAUCCGAAAUCACACACCAUACAGUUCAACAAGAAGUUUCAAAUAAUUCAUCAGAUGUUUCUAAGAGCGACUGUGUUGCACAGCCAUUUGUGUUAAAUGUGGAUUGGAAUGAACUAUCUGACUAUAAAAAUGGAGCAUAUAAUGUAAUAUAUCUAACAGGUCUGAACGAAAAUGGAGAUAGUACUAAUUUCUUAGUUUAUACUGACAAAGUGUUCUACACCAAUGCAAUCUUGUAUGAUGCCUUCUUGCAUGAUUUACCCUUGCGAACAGUUCUUGAAGGACCUGCAUUUGUUCCUUCCUUCUCCCCAAGUUUUAUCAGAUGCUCCUAUUGUGAAAAACUGUUCAGAUGUAUGAGGAGUCAUGUCUUGCAUAAAAGUGUUUGUCAGAAGUUCUUUCAGUGCAGACAUUGUAGGAAGAAAUUUGUUUCAAAAAUUUUAAGACAGCUCCAUUAUCUGAAUGAAUGUGUUUUUAGAAGGGUAUGUCAUGAUCAUGGGUAUGCUCAGGGCCAAACACACAAAGUAACAGAGCAAACUUUAAUGAGAAUGGCAAAGGUUCAUUUGCACAGACUACACAUUUGCACCAAGUGCAAUAAUAUUUUCAGAACUGAUGGCCAUCUGAUUAGACAUAAGACAAGCUGCCAAAGAAGACCAUAUCAUUGCAGAUCACUUCUAAGAGUUUCUAGGACAUGUGAGAGCCUAAAAUGCUUGGGAAGCAGAACAUUAAAAAACUUAGACAUGUAUCCAAUUAAUAAUCUUAUAAAAGAAUCUUAUAUGGCUAAUGUUAAAAGCAUAAGCUCCACUACUAAUGUUGAAACUAAUCACUGCAUGCUCAGGAGUAAUAACUUGUCAGUUAAGACACGUUCUGCAGUCUCCACCCAAAGUAAAACUACUCUUAAGAGAAAAGAUAUAUCUGACAGCACAUCAGUUUUGUAUGCUGUUGGACUCGUGAAGAAGAAAUAGCUUGCUUAUUAUCAUUACAGAUGAAAAAUACAUACUUAAAACUCCAGAAACAAAUGUGAAUGGAGUUUUACUGACUAACCUCAUAUACCUUAAAUUGGGAGAUUCCUUUUCUAGUUGCUACAGGAAAUAAGAGAAAGCAGCAUUCAGGAACACGAAAGCAAAAUAAUCCUCGUACUUUGAAAGUGUGAGAUAGAUAUUUAUCUCUUUCAUACUGCCUUCACAUCAUCACACUAUCUUGUGGCUAGCUUCUGUUCAUCUGAACACAGCUUUAGGUUUUCAUAAAAAAAUCAUAUCUAUUAAAUUAAUUAUAUUAUAUGCAAUUUGUAUUCAAUAAUACAUAGGAUAAUUGUUGUUGAUGUACUUAUUGAAUCUCCAAAGUCAAUUAUUUAUGUAUAUAGGUAAAACAAUUACGACAUACCUCCUAAGAGUUUCUGAACUUUUUUAUUUGUCUAUAUAAACUUCAUUGUCUCAGGUAAUAUUGCAAUACUUCUGUUGAGGAAAUGAUUAUGUGGAACAACAUUUUGAAUAAAACAUUUAUUAUAUUUCUGUUAUACAGAUAUGCAUGUUUAGAUAGUCAUUGACUGUUUAAAGCUUUUUGACCCUUUAUUUGAUAUAAAUAUUUUCAUGUUUGCUAAUGAAGUUUGCUGUCUGUUGAUUAAAUAUUCAUUGUCAUAUGUGUACAUAUUUAGCUUUCCUUGAUUGUCAAGAAGUUUUCUUACUAUCCUCAGUUUGUGAAAACAAUGGCAACAAUUGGAUUAUAAACAGAAGUGUUGGAGAAGUGUCUGGCAUAGGCCAUUUUAUUUGUGCUUAAGAUAAAAAACAUAUGAUUUUAUGGCAUCCAUAAUUACUAUAUUAGGGAAAACCCCAUACAGUGAAAUGAAUGUAAAACUUAAUAAUAAAGUCCAUCUACUGUCUUUUAAUUUGCCAGUGUACAUUUCAGAGUACAGAUUCACCAUAGGGUUUCAGUUGGUUUUCGAAUUUUGCUAAUACUGUUGUAUUUGCUAUCAGAACAAAGAAAAUUCUACAUGUUGUUUACACUAAUCGUAUACUGGUUUCUUCAUUGUCAUGUCAACACACAAGAAAUGCAUAUGUAUGAAUGUUGCUGAUACGAUAUUGUAUUUGACAUCACAGUGAAAUAACUAGUCCAUGAUAAUUGUAAACAACAUGUGGAAGCUACUUCACUGCAAUGGCAAAUACAACUGUCAGCAGAAUUCACAGGUACACAUUUGUGGUAUGUUUCAUUACAAUGAUGGUCGUUCAAUGACCAACUGAAUCGCAGAUGCUGAAGCUGUGUUUUGAAAGGUACCUUGGUGAAGUAAGUACACUAUCAAAAAAGCAGCAAAUAUUUUUUAUUAAUGAGUUUAAAGGUAUUAAUUAAUCACAAUCAGGUUACUGGAGCAAAAAAUACAAGUCAUUCCAUUUCUAAAAUGUACAGUCAUAGACAUAAAACCCAGCUGCUGCAGAGAA